AGAAAAUCUAGGCGCCACAAGUUGCAGGAGUUUGGUAAAGCUAGCGUAGUUGUGGUGUUUUGGUUUUUCCAACAUUGAAACUAUUGCCUUUUGUCUUCGCAAAGCGCUGUUUUUCUUUUAAGAACAUGGAAUUUCAAGUUGAAGAGGAUUUACCACCCAGUCUUGCGUGUCUAAAAAGCUUUGAUGUGCUGCUCAGGUGUCCUAUUUGCUUUGAUUUCCUUAAUAUUUCAAUGAUGACAAAGUGCUCUCACAACUUUUGCUCAUUGUGCAUAAGGAAAUAUCUUUCCUAUAAGCUGCAGUGUCCAGUAUGUAAUGCACAAGUUGUGGAACAAGAUCUAAGAAAUAAUCGUUUAUUGGAUGAACUGAUUACAGACUUUCAAGCUGCAAGAAAACAGUUGUCAAACGCAAAUUUGGACUCUUCUCCAAUACCACCACGGACCCCUGCUUCAGCUAUUAAAUGCAAAACAUCAAAAGUUGAGGGUCGCAUGCGGAACAGCUCUGUUUUGAGCCAUUUUUUUCAAAAGAAGCUCAAAACGUCUUCCACAGAAGAAACGCAGCUAGAUGGUUCUGUUGCUCCAUGCGUUCAGCGUGUUGCACACAAUGCAAAUGACAAUGGCCAAUAUAUGAAGAUUGUUCAAAUUCCCAAGGCUGAGGAAGAAGAACCUUUGGAUUUGACGGUGAUGUGUUCCCAGAGCUUGUUGUCAGUCAAACAAGAGGAUGCAGACUCCCCCAGUCCUGGCACUUGGAAUGAGAGAACAGAUUCCUUGUCACCACUGAAAGAUGAAAAGCCUUUAAUCAAAGUCGAGUGCCCUGUGUGUUCUGUAAGCAUCUCACAACAUUUUAUCAACAAGCAUCUGGACACUUGUCUUACCAGUGGUGAGAAGAAAAGCAGCUUGAGGAGCUCUCUUGGCAACAGGAGGCGUCCAAUGUCAAAGCUGGUGUACAACCUACUUUCAGUGCAGGAACUAAAGAGGAAACUCAAAGAAUGCCAUCUUUCAACACAAGGUUCUCGAGACCAGCUGGCUAAAAGGCACCAGGAGUUUGUCCACAUUUAUAAUGCACAGUGUGAUGCCCUAAACCCAAAAUCAGCUGAAGAUAUUUCUAAAGAGGUGGAGGCAAAUGAGAAAAUCAGGAAUCAACUGCAGAGUAAAAACAAAACUGUCAUGGUUUUUUCCAAAAAUCAAUCUGAGGAGGAGAUUGCUGAGAUGCAUUCAAACUAUAGGAAGCAGCACAGCAGUGAUUUUACCCGCCUUAUUGCCCAAGUCCGGGGUCGCAUGGAGAGCAAAACUCAUAUCAAACAGGAGCUGACUAAGACAGAAGAGCAGAUCGAGCAAACUAACCCUUCAGAUCAAAUUGCAGAACCCCACAAGUGGGUAAUCGUUAAGUUAGAAGACAGUGAAGCAGUGGUGCCGGAAACAUCUACACAACGGAUUUCACUGCCUGCCAGCCCUGGUUACGAUAGCUGUAGUGAUGUCUCAAUCAGCAGUUCGAUUUCUGACGUCUUUGGUCCAGAACCUGCUGGAAGCUUUGAAGAUGCUGAAAGGACCUCAGUACAGAAACGAACAUCUGGCUCCAUUGAAGAAGACUCUGGUUUCAUCCCAGGAAAACGGCGUCGUAAAAAAUAAAGUGUAUAUAUGUGUUUGUUUUUUUGGGGGGUGGGGGUGGGUUGAUAUUUAAUUCCCUUCAGAAAUUUGCAGUGCCAGGAUUUCAACAAUUAAUUGAAUUAAUAUGUACAUGUGUAUGGAUAUACUAUAGCCAGCUAUCAUUGUCUAUAUGCACAUAUAUAAUGGUUGAAUUCUUUGUUGAAUUAAUUUCUGAAAUCCUGGCAUCACAAAUUUCUAAAGGGUGUGACAUUUCCUAUUGUAGGAGCUACUUGUUUUGUAAGAUAAUGCUCCAGAUGCGGUUUCAAGCCUUUACACCUGUUGAAUGUAUUUCUACUGUGAUGUUUAAGCCACUUUAACCUACAAUAAAUUUAAUAGCUAUAUUUU